CUUUCCUCUCCUUCACUUCGUCUAACUCUCUCUCUCUCCAUCUUUCAGUUCACUGUUCAUAAAGUAGAGGAGGAGGCUGAGAGGGAUGAGUGCGGAGUAAUAGAGAGACGGAGGACAAGCAUCCAUUCAUCCACCAGCAGAUAGAAGAGGCAAGACAGGAGUUGGGACGGGAGUUAUGACAGGAGGAGGUGUAUGUCCACUGACAGGUGACUUGUUGUGUAUGACCAAUACAGCAUGCUGAACCUCCAACACACCUCUGACUGGACGAGUCCCGACACCUGGUACCAUCAGAACAACCUCACACAGCAUGGGACAGACGAAUGUGUGGAGGACAUGAACUGGAGGACGGAGGAACAGGGAGGACGUGGAGGAGACAAAGGGAAGCAGAGAAUAAGGGGCGACACAGACGAGGCUCAGCUUAAACUCCAGCUGAAGAGGAAACUGCAGAGGAACCGCACCAGCUUCAGCCAGGAGCAGAUCAACGCUCUGGAGAAAGAGUUUGAGAAGACUCAUUACCCCGACGUCUUCGGCCGAGAGAGACUCGCCUCCAAAAUCGACCUUCCUGAAGCUCGUAUUCAGGUGUGGUUCUCUAAUCGGAGAGCUAAAUGGAGGAGGGAGGAGAAGCUGCGCAGCCAGAAGAAGCUAGGGGGCGGGCCUUCCUGUUCUCAAACUCACACACUGCAAGGCACAUCCUUCAACCCGCCUGUCUAUCAUCCUCACCAUGGCAACGGCUCCAGCCCCACACACUCCCACAGUGAUGCGUCUCUGUCUGCGUACGGCUCGCUGUCUGUCUUCUCCUCGCUGCAGUCCACCUCCUCUUACUCCAACAUGUUGUCUCCGCCCCCUUCUUCUCCUCAUCAUCUACCUCAUACAUUUGACUCCGCCUCUUACUCCACCCCUCACCUGCCUCCUCUGAGAGCCGCCACAAACGCAGGUUUCCUCCCCAGCGUCUCACUCUCAGGGCUGGUUGGAGCCCAAGCUGGAGAUCAGGACCUGGGUUUGGGUCAGUACUGGACCAGACUGCAGUGAGAUUUAGAACAACAACCGAAACCAUGGAAAUGAAACACACAACCCGUGACGUCGAUCAGGGAACGCGCUGCGAGUCGCGAGCCGAAUUUUACCCACGCGUUCUUCACACCACAGCAAAGAGGAACGAGGAUCUCUGUGAGAACUGAUCUCUGUGAUUUUCACCACCGCUGCUCCGUGAAGGAGAUUUCAGUUCAGGGAAACUCUGUUUAGAGCCGUGAAUCCAGAGUUAAAGCACAAGCUGAUCAGACGAGAUCUGACUUCAGUGAACAUCACAGAGGAGCGUGAGCCAAGUGUGAGCCAAGUGUGAGCCAAGUGUGAGCUUAUAAUCUGCCUUAGACUCGCACUGACAAUCACGCAGCGUGUGAACGGCGUAAACCUGGACACCAAACACCACACGUCAUAUUUACUACACACUUAUUUAUUUGUUUGUUUGUUUAUUUCAAGGCUGACUCUCUGUGUGUGAUUUACAAAUGUAAUUUAGGAGGAUUUUGUGUGUGUUUGUGUACUUGACAGUGUUGAUGCGAGAUAGCGUCUAAUGAAGACGAAAAGACCUUUUUCAGUGUAAAAUCUCCCAAAUCCUCUCAGAGUCCCCAGUACUGCAGGUGGCGCUGUUAAUAUUUCACUCAAUGUACUGACAGCUGCAGGAAGACGUCUGGCCUCCAUCUUGGGAUGGACGGUGGAGGUAUGACAGCAGGAGGCAACGUGACGUCACUUUGCUGAAGGUGUUUCCAUUGAAGGUGGACAUGUUGGUCUGCAGCGUGCUUUAGCGUCCAUGCGGCGGAACUCUGAGAAAUGUCCCCGACUAGAACACCAAAAAUCUGAUAUUACAGUUUGGACGUUGGGUUAGUGUUAAUAAUAUGCUAAUGGAAAGAGUUAAACGAUUCUACAAGGCUAUUUAUGUGUGUGUGUGUGUGUGUGUGUGAGGAGUCUGCAUCUUCACCCCGUGCUUGCUGGGUUUCCUGCAGGUACACUGGUUUCCUCCCACACUCCGAAGCCAUAUGAUCUUGUUGACCCAAAGACACAUGUCGACGCCCCUUGCAGGGUGCACCCCGCCUUCUGCCCAGAGUUCCCUGGGAUCUGCUCCAGCCCCACGGUGAUAAGCGCGAUAGACGCAGGAAGGAUGGACAAUAGAGAUGAGAAAAAUCAACUCAGUGAUGUAUCAUGACCCUUUUUGGUGCCAAUUCAUGUAUCACCACAUUGACUCCAAAAUUUAUUGUUAGAUAUUAUUAUUUAAAUUUAUAC